UGAAAUCGCGGUGUUAGAUAGCGACUUUCCCUUUCUUUUUUAUUUUUUAUUUUUUAUAAACCUUUUUCUCUCUUCAUUCUCUUUCACAUUUCAUUUUUUGCUCAUCACCCAAAUGGCUCAGAAAGUUGUGCUGAAGGUGAUGACCAUGACUGACGACAAGACGAAGCAGAAGGCAAUCGAAGCUGCUGCCGACAUCUACGGUGUCGAUUCGAUCGCGGCGGAUCUGAAGGAUCAGAAACUGACGGUGAUAGGAUCGAUGGAUGCGGUGGCGAUUGUGAAGAAAUUGAAGAAAGUAGGUAAAGUGGACUUGAUAUCAGUCGGACCUGCAAAGGAAGAGAAGAAAGAGGAGAAGAAAGAGGAGAAGAAGGAAGAGAAAAAAGAGGAGAAAAAAGAGGAGAAAAAGGAAGAGAAAAAGGAAGAAAAAAAGUGAAAAAGUACAAUUCCUUUCCCCCUUCUUUCAAUUUUGAUUUUCCAUACAUUUAACGAAUUUUAAUUCAAAUAAGUUCUUCUCAAUUCAUAUCAAAAUUACAUGAAGAACAAACCUCUGUACCUACUUAAUUUUUGUUUUCAUAAUCCCUUUCAAAUUCAUGCGCUGAUUCACUCAUAAUGCAGCCAUUUGUAUUUCCAACUUACGAACACAACAGACAAUUUUCCCUAAUUGGUAUCUAAAAUUUAUGUAACAGAUCGACAUAUUUUGU